UUUUUCGAAGUUUUUUUGGUUGCCUAAUUCGGUAAUUCCUCUUAUAUAAACAUCCUAUCGUUAUUUCCUCUGAGAUCAGCGAGAAAAUAUAUAAAGAAAAAGAAUUUACGAAUCUUACUUGUGUUUUGAUUUGUGAUCUCGGUUUCUUUCUUGGUCUCGGAUUUCAGAAAACCCAGAUUAUAUUGUUGAAAAUCUAUCAGAGCGAAUCUGAAAGUUCAGAUUCAUCAUAUUUCUCUUCAGAAGCAAGACGGAACUCUUGGGACCCAAUUUUUCCCCAGUGCAAUUUGACCGUAUAAUAGUUGAUUUUGAUGCAACUCUGCUGUUUCUUAACUUGACUCUUAGGAAGCCCAAGUUUGGAUUUGGAUUUUGCUUUGCUUCUUCCAUUAGAUUUCUCUUUUGGGAACUCCGAUUCCGUCGAAGUUCGAGGUGCCUUAGAGUUUGGGAAGUAGGCUGUGGAAUUUUCAGGGAGCGUGGAUGAGGGGCUGUGGCAGGAGAUGAUAGGGGCAUAUGAGGAUUUUGAGAUACAAUGACUGGAGGGUCAUUGGGCAUUCGUUCCGGAAGUUACGGUUCUCUAGAUAAACAGCUGCAGAAUGGUUUAUCGCCUAUUCAAACAGCACGCAAGCCUUCCAAGAUGCUCAAGGAGAAAGAGCGAUUGUUCCCUUGGAUCUGCAAAUUUGCAGGACGAAAGAAGGUCGGAAUGCUGUUUCUCUGUAGUAUUUCCGCCGCGGUUUUCUUCUGGGUUUUGUACGUUGGAAAAGGUGAAGACACGCAAGAGGAAAACAGUGUGCGGAACAUUAGAGUUAAUGAAAGCCUGUCUAUAACUCUCAGGGGCAUAAGUACAACAGUAACAUCAUCCCCACCUCCACCAAGCUACUUUCUUGGGUACACUCUUCCUCCUGGGCAUCCGUGUAAUAGCUUCACCCUCCCUCCUCCACCAGCAGAUAAGAAGCGAACUGGACCACGGCCAUGCCCUGUUUGUUACCUUCCUGUGGAUGAAGCCAUUGAAAAGAUGCCGAGUUUACCUUCACCUUCUCCAGUUCUUAAGAAUCUAUCAUUUAUCCACGAGGAAAAUUUAAGUAGAGAUGGAGAAUUUGGUGGUUCAGACUUUGGUGGAUACCCUACUUUGAAGCAGAGAAAUGAUUCUUUUGAUGUACGCGAGUCAAUGAGUGUGCACUGUGGGUUUGUUAGAGGAACUAAACCUGGCCGAAGCACAGGAUUUGACAUAGAUGAUGAUGACCUUUCCCACAUGGAUCAGUGUUAUGGUGUGGUUGUUGCGUCAGCCAUAUUUGGAAAUUUUGAUGUGAUAAAUGAGCCAAAAAAUAUAAGUGACUACUCCAAGCAGAACGUAUGCUUUCUUAUGUUUGUUGAUGAAGAAACAGCAAACCAUCUGAAGUAUUCGGGUAGGCUGGGAAGCAGCAAAAAAAUUGGGCUCUGGAGAAUUAUUGUUGCGCACAAUCUUCCUUACACAGAUGCAAGACGGACUGGAAAGGUUCCAAAGCUUCUGCUGCAUAGAAUGGUUCCAAAUGCUCGAUAUUCUAUAUGGCUUGAUGGAAAGCUUGAGCUUGUUGUUGAUCCAUAUCAAAUUCUUGAAAGGUUUUUGUGGAGGAAAAAUGCUACAUUUGCAAUAUCUAAACAUUAUAGACGCUUUGAUGUAUUUGUUGAGGCUGGGGCAAAUAAAGCUGCUGGAAAGUAUGACAAUGCCUCUAUCGACUUUCAGAUUGAGUUUUAUAAGAAGGAGGGAUUGACCCCGUAUACGGAGGCUAAGCUUCCCAUUAUAAGUGAUGUUCCUGAAGGAUGUGUUAUAGUAAAAGAGCAUGUUCCUAUUAGUAACCUGUUUACCUGUCUUUGGUUCAAUGAAGUUGACCGAUUUACUUCAAGGGACCAGAUUAGUUUCUCUACUGUCAGGGACAAACUUCUGUCGAAGGUGGACUUUCAUGUUAACAUGUUCUUGGACUGUGAAAGACGCAACUUUGUAGUUCAGAAAUAUCAUAGGGACCUCCUGGAACGCCUGGCUCCACCUGCUUCUAUUACUCUCUUUCCACCACCUCCACCCAAUUCGCCGCCCCUGUUACCUGUGCUUGUAAGUCCUCCUGCUAGGAGAGGCCCUGGAAGACGUGGGAGAGAUAGAAGAUCAGGUUCUAGGCGCCACCGCAAAGUUGCUGUUGGUAGCAGAGACAACGAUGCAACAAGUUGAAGAAAGUUUUGUUUGGCCUGGUAUAUUAUUAAUAUUCUUUUGCACCAGAGAGAAUGAUUCAUUGCGGACCUGGAGGAACAUUGUGAAGACGAGUAUAACCCAGUUUCCACGCGAACACUUCGUUCUUUCCAGUUUCUACUUUUGUGGAAUUGUUCAUCUUUAUUCAAUUUAUUUGGUUGUAUAUAUAGUAAAAUUUUCAAAUAAUUAUAAUAUGGGUUGUCACCAAGUCUCUCUCACGUGUGGCCGCCCAUUUUGUUUCAUUUU